AUGCGAGGACAUGCAAGUUUGCCGCUGGAUAUGGACAUCUUGGCAUUCUCAUUUGGGCACGUCAGCAAGGAUGCCCAUGGGAUGGCACUACUUGCUCUGCAAGCGGCUCAAGGUGGUCAUUUUGAAAUUCUCAAAUGGGCACACGAGAAUGGGUGCCCGUUGAUUGCAAGGACAUGCACUCUUGCUGCUGCAGGUGGUCACAUGGAAAUUCUGAAAUGGGCCGGAGAAAAUGGAUGUCCAUGGGAUGGAAGCCGAGCGUGGGAUGGAAGAAUCACAUGUGCGGCUGCGGCUGCGGCUUUCUAUGGUCAAUUGGAAGCUCUCAAAUGGGUCAAAGAGAAUGGAUGCCCGUGGAAUGAAAUUACAUGCUCAUCUGCUGCUGGCCGUGGUCAUCUAGACAUUCUGAAAUGGGCUCGAGAGAAUGGGUGCCCUUGGGAUGAAUCUACCAGCACAGAAGCGGCGGAAGGAGGACAUUUCGAAAUUCUGAAAUGGGCUCGAGAGAAUGGAUGUCCAUGGGAUGAACGUACAUGCAGUCAGGCAGCCAAGAACGGCCAUUUGGAAAUUAUUCAAUGGGCUCAUGAGAAUGGGUGCCGAUGGGAUGUGCUUACAUGCAUGCAGUCUUGCUGCUUUGGGUGGUCACUUUGA